AUGCGCCGCGUAGCAACCCUGGAAGGCGUCGAUCCGGAAAGUGACAUCUUCCACAGCAUCGCCGUCAGCCCCGACGGCGGCGCGCUGGUUGUGGCAGGUGGCAACAAGCUCCGACUGGUGGAGAUGGACACUGGUGAGUUGACAUCGCUCGCGGGCAGCGGCGAGGCUGGCGACGCCGAUGGCGUGCGCGGCGCGGCGCAGUUCCACAACCCAACCGGCGUCGCCAUCAGCCCGGACGGCAGCGCGCUGUUCGUAGCGGACAAUCGGAGCCACAAGAUCCGGCGGGUGGAGGUGGCGACGGGCGCUGUCGCCACGCUCGCGGGCAGCGGCGACGCAGACGACGCGGACGGCGUGGGCGAUGCGGCGCACUUCAGCUACCCAUCUGCCGUCGCCAUCAGCCCAGACGGCGGCGCGCUGUUUGUGACGGACAGCGGCAACCACAAGAUCCGGCGGGUUGAGGUGGCGACGGGCUCGGUGACGACAGUCGCGGGCAGUGGCGACGAAGGCGACGCGGAUGGCGUGGGCGAUGCGGCGCACUUCUGCAACCCGAUUGGAAUCGCCAACAGCCUGGACGGCAGCGCUCUGUUUGUAGCCGACAAUGAGAACCACAAGAUCUCCGGCGGGUUGAGCGGCGAGGGUGGCAACGCUGAUGGCGUGGGCGAUGCGGCGACCUUCGAUCAACCAGUCGAGGUCAUCAGCGCCGACGGCAGCACUCUCUUGGUCAGCUCAGUCGGUGACCUCCGCCAGGUCUGCGUGAUGGCGUCUCCUUCGCCUCCCUCCUUCGCCCCCAUCGUGGUGCCGCCCUCCACCAUCCUGGCUGACUUUGCAAAGACGCGCGGUGACGCGACCCUGCCCACCGGCCUGGUCACCUUCCUGGUCGGCGACGACCGGGAGCGCCUCGAGCACGUCAGCAAGUCCCUGCUCUGCGCCCGGUCCGUGUUCUUUCGGACCAUGUUCGGCAUCGGCAUGAAGGAGCGCGACACCGCCGAGGUCACGGUGCCCAACACGGACCUCGCAACCUUCACUGCCCUCAUCGACUACCUCCUCUCCGACAAGUUCGACCUCGGCGAGGAGGAGGGCAGGGCGCAGCGCGCGCUCGACCUGCGGGAGCUGGCGCAGAUGUAUCAGGUGCCGCGCCUCGAGCUGCUCUGCGCGCAGGCGCUGCAGGAGAGCGUCGGGCCGGCGACCGCCGUGCCGCUGCUCGAGGCGGCGCACACGAUGGGCGACGGGCGGCUCCUCGCGCAGUGCCGCCGCUACGUGGCCGACCACGCCGCCGAGGUGCGCGCGAGCGGCGGCGUGCUGCGCGACUUUGGCGUGGCCAAGGGGCUGCUCGGCGACGCGCUCGACCAGGUGGCGGAGCUCAAGGAGACGGUGGCGGAGCUCAAGGGGGCGGUGGCGACGCGCGAGGCGGAGAUUUGCGUGAAUGCCGCCGUUGAGCCCUUGAGACGCUUGACCCUUGACGGAUGCGCCGGGCCCGGGCGGGGCUGGGAAGCUAGCUCUCAUGUCACAUAUGUGAUAGUUUUGUCAUAUGUGUGCGGCACCUGA